AUGGCUCCAAAAGGUAAGAAAGUAGCUCCAGCUCCAUUAGCUAGCAAAUCAACCAAGACUUCAAAGAACGUCAACCCAUUAAUUGAAUCAACCCCAAAGAACUUUGGUAUUGGUCAAGCUAUCCAACCAAAAAGAAACUUAUCAAGAUUCGUUAAAUGGCCAGAAUAUGUCAGAUUACAAAGACAAAAGAAAAUCUUAUCAUUAAGAUUAAAAGUUCCUCCAGCUAUUGCUCAAUUCACCAACACUUUAGAUAAAAACACUGCUACUCAAGUUUUCAAAUUAUUCAACAAAUACAGACCAGAAACUUCUGCUGAAAAGAAAGAAAGAUUAACUAAAGAAGCUGCUGCCAUCGCUGAAGGUAAAGAUGCUAAAUCAGUUUCUCCAAAACCAGUUGUUGUCAAAUACGGUUUAAACCAUGUUGUUUCAUUAAUUGAAAACAAAAAAGCUAAAUUAGUUUUAAUUGCCAACGAUGUUGAUCCAAUUGAAUUAGUUAUCUUCUUACCAGCUUUAUGUAGAAAAAUGGGUGUUCCAUACGCCAUUGUUAAAGGUAAAGCUAGAUUAGGAACUUUAGUUCACCAAAAAACCUCAGCUGUUGCUGCUUUAACUGAAGUUUCAGCUGCUGAUGAAGCUGAAUUAUCAAAAUUAGUUUCAACUAUUGAUGAAAACUUCCUUUCUAAAUACGAAGAAAACAGAAAACACUGGGGUGGUGGUAUCAUGGGUGCUAAAGCUCAAGCUAAAAAAAUCAAAGCUAUUAAAGCUGCUGAUGUCCCAUCAAACGUUUAA